AUGUCCUCCCAAUUCUUGCAAACUGAAAUUGCCAACCUAAUCCAGGAGUCCCGAAGGAAGAACACUGAUCUCCGAAAUGCCGCCGAACAGUCGCUGAAUGAGCUUAAGGCUCUGCCAUCAACCUCUGAGGCUCAAAUUGCAGCAGACCUUGUUCGCAAACCUAAAUUUGUCGAGCCAUUUAUCAUUGCAUGCCAUACUAAGCAUGCGAAGCUUGCUGGUAUUGGUGUUAUCUGCUUACAGAGACUCAUUGCAUCUCGUUCAUUGCCUUCAAGUCGCCUCAAAGAUGUACUCGGUGGGCUGAGAGAGACAACGAGCUUAAGUCUCGAUAUUCAAUUGAAGAUCUUGCAGUCUUUGCCUUCUCUCCUGCAGUACUAUUCCAAUGACUUGAGCGGGGACCUUCUCGCGAAUACAUUGGAAAUUUGUGCCACACUGCAAGCAAGCAAAACGAUUGCAGUUUCCAGUACUGCUGCGGCCACCCUUCAGCAACUAGUGGUUUCGACUUUUGAAAGAGUCUCGAGCGAAGACAAGCUCCCCAAUGAUGCAAAGAUUACCACAACCGUCAAAGUAGAUGGUCAGUCGAUCGAUGUUGGAAUUUUUGCCUACGAUGCAUUACAGGUAUUGGAUGAUCUCUGCCGUUUGGUGGAUGGAGAACAACUGCAAUUCUUGCGUACCAGAACCUUAUCUCCGCCAUUUGUACUGGAGCUCAUCGAGAGCAUUCUUUUGAACAGUGGCCGCCUCUUUGUAGGACACCCCGAACUUGCGCAAGUGCUGCGUGUUCGGUUAUUGCCAUUGGCUGUCCGUUGUCUAUCUGAGAGAUACUCAUUCGCCCAAACUGUUCGAGUGGCCCGAAUACUUCUCAUACUUCUUAAGCGCCACAUGUCGCUUUUGACUGCAGAAUGUGAGAUGGCUUUGAGUCUGAUCACCCAUCUUCUUGAGCCAGAUGGGACGGCACCUUGGAAGAGACUUCUGUGUAUGGAGGUCUUCCGCGGAUUGUACUCUGAGCCAGGAGCUGUGCGACUCGUCUAUACACUGUAUGACAGCGAAGAAGGGAGAAAAAAUGUUCUCCGCGAUCAUAUGGCCGCGCUUGUCCGACUGGCUUCGGAAAAACCGGCUUUGAUCGGAGUAAGCAAUCAAUCAACAGUACCAUCGCGUGCAGACCACUCAAGAUCGACCACUGAGGACCAGAUAACCUUGGAAACCGGUGGUGUUGCUGGUGUCAUUGGAUCAACUGUUCCUCCCAGCGAGACAAAGGUGCCUGGGAUCAGUACGCAGUGGAGUGUUGUUCGGACGCCGUAUAUCGAGCUUCUUGAUAAGACAGAUCCGCCUCCCCCUCCGGAUACUUACAUUUACAGUCUUGUUCUCAACUGUAUCAGCAGUUUUGCCGAAGGGCUCGCCAAGUUUAUUCUUCCCCUUACAGUACCGGAUCUGAAGCAAAGACGCAAGAACCGACUUAUGAGCCCCACAGAAGGCCCCGACUCCGCCAGAUCUUCACAGGACUUUACAGCAGGAGAAUCCUUGCGAGCACAGUCCACCUCACCUAUGAAGAAAUCACAUGUUCCAAUCAACCCCCUGGACUUGCAGUCUCAUAUUCAGUACUCCGCAAUCAAGACUUGUGCAGGGAUCAUAGAGAAUUGUUGGCCGGCUGUCCUGGCGGCAUGUUCUACUUUCUUGCGCGCAUCGUUAGAUGACGAGUACUACCACAAUCUCGUUCGUGCGUUCCAGAAGCUGGCUCAUGUGGCGGGUCUUCUGAGGCUAUCAGUGCCAAGAGAUGCUUUCCUAACCACCCUCGGAAAGGCUGCCAUGCCUGCAAGUGGCGGUGGCCACAAGUCACAAUCUUCCACUGCUACCGGCUCCCAGCAAAAUGACAUGCCUCAAAAGAAACGGAAAAGUGUUGAUAUUCCGCGCUCUGGCUCCGUUCAACUGGAUUCUACAGGAACAGGUGCUGGUGACGGUCUUCCGGUAUCCCUGAGCACAAGAAAUCUCCUUUGUCUGCGGGCAUUGCUCAACCUCGGAAUUGCUUUAGGGCCGACCUUGGAUCAGCCGGCCUGGUCCAUUGUUUUUGAGACACUUCAAUACACUGGACUUGUGAUUGGGAUGUCUUCCAGUGCAAUGGUUAAAUCGGCCAGUGGUGGAGAGACCCCGGCAGUCCCAGGAAAUGAUGUCCCGACUGCUAAUCUGGGGACCGAGGUCAUUGCGGUUCAGGCAGCUUCUAGCAAGCUGCUUGAAAGCACUAGCGAUUUCCCGAGUGCCUCCUUUGAGGAGAUUUUGCUUGCCCUGUUGAACCUAUCGCCAUUUACAGAGCAGCGUCGCCAAGAAGGUGCUGCAAAGGAAGUAUCACAAAUCCCAGGAUCGCCACAAUCAUCUACAGGAACUGGGCGCUUGCACCAAGGUUCUCGGCGUGUGUCGCACACAGUGGGCAAAUCAAGAAUGCUAGACGAGGAGCUGAAAUUCGUGCUGGAGAAAGGAAAUGAACUUGCUAGGGCAAAUCUCUCGAGACUAUCCUCGCUUGAAGAAGAUGACAACAAGGCAUGGCGGCUUCUGACACAAAGUCUCAUUUCUGCAUCCGCCAAUACUGCCAUCAGCCCAAACCUUCGCCUGCAGGCAAAUGCGAUUGUGAAUUCGCUUGUCUACCUGACGAUGAAACAGAGAGACGAAGACGACGAGAAUGUCUACAAUCAGGUUCAGACAAGGAAUCUCCAGACAUUGAAGGACCAAGUGACCUCUCUCUACUCCUCGGACAUGCAGACAUCCAAGUCUUUGCCGAUAACGAUUAUUGAAAUCCAUGAGCAGAGCUUGGAGGUAUUAAGGAACAUCCUGGAACAGUAUGCCGAGACUUUCGUGGAUGGUUGGCAUCUGAUUUUUGAUUUGAUCUCGGGUGUCUUCCAAAAUCUUCCACAGUCUGAAGCCGGUGAACAACCUUCCACUCCGCUGGAGCGCAGGGCAUCAGGUCUUCCAGCGGGCCCUCGUCUAGUUCGAGCUGCCUACAAGUCUUUGCAUCUCGUCGCCUCCGAUUUCCUUUCUCUACUUCCGGCGCCGUGUCUCUUCAGCUUGGUAAAUGCAUUCUCUAGCUUUGCCUCACAAACACAGGACUUCAACAUCUCCCUCACCACCACCUCUUUCUUCUGGAAUGUCUCAGAUUUCCUGCAGGGCCAGAUCGAGGAGUUCUCAAUUGGUCAUGUUGAUGCCUCCGUCAAUGAAGAGCAGCUAGCCAAAUUGGCCCGGGAUGAGGAUCCUGCUGUCUCCCGGAACUCCCUGUGGCUGUUGUUGUUGCUUCGCAUCGUUGAUAUCACAACAGACAGUCGUCCAGAGAUCCGAAACAGUGCAGUGCACACCCUUCUGCGGAUUUUCGAUGCCUACGGACAGCAGCUCUUGCCUAAAGCGUGGCGUCUUUGCUUAAAUAUGGUCCUUUUUAAGAUGGUUGAGAGAAUUGAGACCACGGUGAUCCAGGCCAAGAAUAAGCAGAGCAGUACGAAGUCUGAUGAUUUCAAGUCAUGGGUUGACACAACAGUUGUAAUGAUCAAGGGAUCAUCCAGUCUGAUCACAAACUUCUUUGAAACGCUCGUGCAGGACCAGAAGUUCGACCAGUCCUGGAAACGAUUCCUGAAGUACUUGCAAGGCUUGCUUGACUUGCAAAUCUUGGAGUUCAGCGAAGCCACAUUUUCUGGCCUUUCAGCAAUCCUACUCCGGGUGCAAAAUGCCGGCGAGCUUAGCAACGAUGCCCUCGAGUGUGCAUGGCUCCUUUGGGCAAACGGCCACCCGGCUGGUGAUGAAGAUGUCCUUGAUCUGGAACAAUCCAAUCAAAAUGCCGCAUUGGCGUACCUACAGACAUUCCAGCAGAUCUACCAUCUCUACAAAGAUCAACUGACCACCGAACACAUUGAAAAAGUCCUUGAACAUUUCCGCCUCCUCGUGUGGAACUCAGUCUCACCCCGCUACACUCUGGAUAUUGACCGACCUCUGGCCGUGCAAGCGCUAGUCAUCGAUUGCAUCAAAAAGCUAUGCCUAGAGAAAGAGGACUCCCAGCCAGCCAUUCUCUUGUGUCUUGCCGAAUUGUCCGAUUCAACACUCUCAAAAUGGAGCCCCGGCAACGACACCAGGAAACCAGCCUUUGUAGCAUUCUCCAAAAACAUCAUUGACCUAAUGGGCUGGUACAUCGCAGAAUUCGGCAUCAAACAAGACGUCUUCACAAACGGGGCACUCGAAACCGCGCUCAAGCACCUCAGCGCUCUAAUCGGACAAAAGUACACCUGGCAAGGAAAGGAUCGCGAGCCCUACCUCUGGCAAAAAGCAACAAUAGCUUCCCUAAAUAUCCUCCAAGUGGCAGUGCCCUACGUGGAAGACCAAUACAAACCCACCAACGAAACCGAAACAGCGCAAUUCUGGCACCGCAUAGUCGAAAUCACAAACGGAAUCGUCUCCGCCCACGGCUUCCAAGCCCACAACCUUCCAAGACAAAGAAUCACAACCGAUGAAACCUUCGACAUAACCUCCUUCACCAGACUCAAAACCCUCAUUCUCCCCUCCCUCGGCAACCCAGCCAUAAGAGCCUCCAUCCGCCGAGACUUCGCCCGCGCCCUCUUCCACUCCUCCUUCAUCUACGCCCCCCUCCGCUUCGACCUCCCAAACCCAAACUCCCAAAACACCAUCGACGGAAAUGAAAACCCCCUGGCGGACUUCUACAAUGUUCGUCCAGGCCGGACCUUCGAUCCACCCCCAACCCUCCGCCCACACAUGGCCUAUGUCUUGAUCGACACACUCUUCGAGCUAGCCGCUCAUCCGGCUCCAUCCACAUCCACCUCCCCAAGCCCAACAUCGGAAGCAGAAACCCUCCUCGCACGCGCUAUCUCACCAUACCUCCUCCUCCGCUGCGCAGUCUCGCUCAAAUCAUAUAUCGCAGACCAGCCAUUACGCGGUCUAAUGCCGCAACCUACACCUGCGCGUAAGGCCUUGCUGCAUCUCUUGCUGAAGUUGGUUGAGUUGGAGAGUGAGCCUUCUGCUAUCCCUGACCCGCCUGCGCUGAAGACGGUUUCGGUUUCGGUUUCGGUUGGCGGGGCUCAAGAUGGGUCGGAUGGUGGUGGUCAUUGCCGGAAGCAUUUAGAGUGGGUUUAUCCGCUUGUUGUGCGUGCUGUGCAGGUUGCUGGGAAGGAGAGAGAUGAUGGGUUGAUUUUGGGUGCUUUGGGGAAGGUUUUGGAGGGGAUUGGGAGGGUUGAGGUUUAG